AAGCUUUUAGGACUAUCUGCGGGCGCGCUCUUAAUCAAGGGGACCUUCAGCAUUUUUUUCUAAAAAAAUAGAGAGAGAGAGAGAGAGAGAACGGAUCCACCCCUUCAACCAAUAAAGAUAAUUUCUCAAAUACUCGGUCCAAGCAGCAUUCUGAGCCGAAAAGUAAAACCAAAAAUCAGUCUCACUCCCCGGCGAUGCAGGCGCGUUACCCAGUGUCAGACCCCAAUGCUCUGGGAGUCGUGCCUUACCUCAGCGAUCAAAACUAUUAUCGAGCCGCCGGCACUUACGGCAGCAUGCCCACCCCGAUGACUAUGUACCCGGGCCACGAGCAGUACGCAACAGGCAUGGCGAGAUCGUAUGGACCCUAUCACCAUCACCAGCAGCCGGUACCUAAAGACCUAGUCAAGCCUCCUUACAGCUACAUCGCCCUGAUCACCAUGGCCAUCCAAAACGCGCCUGAUAAGAAAAUUACUCUCAAUGGGAUCUAUCAGUUUAUCAUGGACCGCUUUCCAUUCUACCGCGAGAAUAAACAGGGCUGGCAGAACAGCAUCCGCCACAACUUGUCCCUGAACGAGUGCUUCGUCAAGGUGCCCCGUGACGACAAAAAGCCGGGUAAGGGCAGCUACUGGACGCUGGACCCGGACUCGUACAACAUGUUCGAGAACGGCAGCUUCUUGCGGAGGAGGCGGAGGUUCAAGAAGAAAGACGCGGUCAGGGACAAGGAGGAACGCGACCGGCAGCAGAAGGAGGCGAAAGGGGGUCAGCACGUCGCCUCGCAGACCGACACCUGCCCCGAGAAGAAGGUGGUGGUCAAGAACGAAGCGGGCUCGCCCUGUAUGCCUGUCAUCACCAAGGUCGAGAGCUUGGAGAGCCCGGACAAUGGCAGCUUGAUCCAGGACAGCCCAAGGAGCGUGGCCUCCACGCCGUCCGUGUCUACAGAGAACUCCAUCCCGGAUCACAACACAACCAACAGCAACCUCUCCGGCUUCAGCGUGGAAAAUAUCAUGACAUUGAGGACAUCUCCUCCAGGGGACCUCAGCCCCGUGGCUGUGAGCUCCAGCAGGACUGGUAUGGGCUCCUCACUGCCGGUGAACUACCCUCCAACGCAGCAAGCCGUGUACAGCCCAGGAUGCACCCACAAUAUGGACUCCAGUGGAAGUUACCAUUGCAGUAUGAGAACCAUGAGCCUGUACGCGGGGGACAGGAGCAGCCACAUGCUGGUACCAACCAGCCUGGAGGAUGCUAUCUCAGACCACUCCGGCAGCUCCUCCCUGAACGCCAUGAAUCUGAGCACAGCGCCGGAAGGUGUCCUCAGCCCGAGUCACCCUCAGCAGGCGGGGGCGCCGGCGGGACAAGCCGCUUCCUGGUACCUCAACCACGGAGCAGAUCUCAACCACCUCCCGGGCCACACGUUCGCCAGCCAGCAGCAGACUUUCCCCAAUGUACGGGAGAUGUUUAACUCCCACCGACUCGGCAUUGAGAGCUCAGCACUCAAUGACCAUCAGGUUGACUAAAACCCAUGAAUGUAACUGAGAACAAGUCUACAGCAGACAUGUCAAGGAUCUGAGGCGACUAUGUGAACUCUACGUAAUGUCUGAGCCCAUAAUUUACAGGACAAUG